CUGUCGCGAUAAACCGUAAAUCGAUUAAUCGUACGAUAAAAAAAACCUAUCGACGUCAUUUAAUUUAUCGUCCAUAUCGUCUCUGCUUGUAUUUUUCUCUUUCUAUUGAUGACGCUGGAUGUGUAGGCUCAACUCCGGCGCUAUCCACUGACCCCUCCCUUCCUCAUUUUUUAGGAAGGGAAAAAUGAGAAGGGAGGAGGAGGGGACUAUUACGUCAGGUAGUCAGCGCGCACAUCAUUUUGUACUGCUGCAGCUUUAGAGCCCCGUGAGGAGUUAGCAAGGUAAAGAAACACUAUCUCAUAUUGGGGGAGGAGGGACUCGAAAUGGAACUCGUUUCAAAGCCGAACGCAACUGCCGCAGUGUGGGAGUAUUUUGGAUUCAAACCAAAUGACCGAGGCGAACCGCUGAACCUUUGCGAGCCGGUAUGUCGCAUUUGUCAUAAAAUAGUAGCAACUAAGGGUAGCAAUACAACCAACUUGUACGUGCACCUAAAGCACAACCAUCCAGUAAAGUUUUUCCAGCUGAGGAGGAAAAGUACAACCGGUGGCCCGUCUUCGUCUUCAAGUUCGCGACAGUCCACCGUCAUUGAAACAUUUCAUCGACAGGAAGCAUACAAAAAGGACGGCGCAAAGUGGUGCGCGCUCACAGACAGCGUAGUUCGCUUAAUUGCUAAAGAGAUGCUCCCAUUUAAUAUUGUUGAAAAGCCGGCAUUUCGAAAAAUGUUGCAAACUUUUGAUAGACGGUACGAAAUCCCCGGAAAAACAUACAUAUCACAAACGGCAAUUCCACAACUUUACAGCAGUAUUAAAGAGGACAUACUGAAGGAGAUAAAAGACAUUUCAUUUUACUCUGCUACGUCGAAUAUGUGGUCAAGUUCAAAUAUGACUCCUUAUAUGAGCUUGACCAUUCACUAUAUAGCUGCUGACUGGACCCUGCACUCUAAAUGUUUAGAGACCAGGUAUGUCCCAGAUAACCAUACUGCUAACACCCUGGGAGAAAACCUGAAAUCUGCUUUAGCAGACUGGGGACUGGAUGAGGACAAGCUGGUCUGCAUUACAACAGACAAUGGCCCUAACAUUGUCGCUGCAAUAAGAAAUCUUGGCUGGCCAUGGCUCAACUGCUUUGGCCACAACCUCCACCUUGCUGUUUCCCAUGGUCUAGACAGUGACAAAGAACGUACAGCACGUGCCAUAGGACUCUGUAAAAGUUUGGUCAACACUUUCAACCUGAGCUUCUUUAAAAAGAGAGAUCUGAGGAAGGCACAGAAUGAAGCUAAUCUCCCUCAGCACAAUCUCAUUCUGGAUGUUGUCACACGAUGGGGCACUAAACAGAAGAUGAUCGAGAGGGUGUUGGAGCAACUCCCAGCCAUCAGACGAGUCCUGGUACAAGACAGAAAGCACAGCCAUCUCACUCCAACCUGGCAGGAUGUUGCGGUGUUGGAGUCCAUCAAUGCAGCUUUGAAGCCACUGGCUGACUUUACAGAUGUCCUUUCAGGAGAAACAUACGUCACAGUGUCCUCUGUUAAGCCUGUGCUAGAACUGAUUAAAGGCGACCUUCUCUCUCCAGGCCCUGAUGACAGCACAAUGACUGCCACUAUUAAACAAAACGUAUGCAAGAUACUGACUGAAAAAUAUAGCUCACCUGGCAUCCAAAAUCUCCUGAUAAAGGCCACCAUCUUGGAUCCAAGGUACCGUGGCAGCAUGGAGGAGGCAGGGUCAUUGGAUGAUGUCAAACAUCAGCUGGUGCAAGAGCUACUGGACUUAAAAGGGCCAGAAGUAAGGGAAGAAGGUGCAAGUGGUGAGGGUUCCAGCCAAGCUGCUGGAGGAAACAAACAUGAAUCUACAGCUGACCCACCCACCAAGAAGAAGAGGCUAAGUGACCUUCUUCAAAACAGAAGAGCUGAACUCACAGUUCAGACACAAGCUACAUAUCCAAAAAGAGAACAGGCUGAUGCAGAACUGACAAAGUUCCUUCAAGAAGAUGCUAUUGAUGCCUCUUGUGAUCCCUUGAUGUGGUGGUGUGACAAUCAAAGAAGAUAUCCUUUGAUGGCAAACUUGGCUAAAAAAUACAUGUGCAUUUGUGCAACAAGCACCAGUUCAGAGAGAAUGUUUAGCACAGCUGGAAACAUUGCUACUCCUGAGAGAUCUUGCCUUAAGCCACACAAACUCAACAUGUUGGUAUUUCUUGCUCGGAAUCUCUGACUAAAGUAGCUACAGAUAUGCCUAAAGAUUGUUGAGGCAUCUGGUCUUAUUUAAAAAUGUGCUUGUUUCUUUGCACUAUUUGUUUGUAAAAUGGCAGUUUUCCCCAUCUUUAUUUAAAUCUAAUGAUAUACAGACUUCAUAA